AUGCAGAGCGCGGGAAGCGAUGGGGAGCCGGCAGCUUGUACCAGUGCCAUUUCAGCGUUGCAGCUUACCAACAGCUCUGCAGCUGUACUCUGUGGUGAAAAAGCACCCGAGAUGUCCAUCACACUGCUAGAUGAAAUAGUGCAGUUCCUGUCACCACUUCAGCUGCAAGGGUACAUCUCCCGAAUCAUUGAUGUUUGUGGUACGCAACGAGUUGAGGAGCUCAUACUGUGUGUUAGGUGCGAGAAGGAUGUGGAAAACUUACUUGGAGAGCGAUCGUCUCUGCAACAGCGACAAAAUAUGUGGAAGGGUUUGUGCAAGUAUAAAAAGCUAGCUGCAAAGCGCCUGCAGCAGGAGAUGAGGAAGAAUGUGCCUCCCAAACGAACCCGUGUUGGUGUAUUGAACCCUACUGCUGGUCUCACCGGCGGUGCCACAACAACGACAAGUAGUGGAAUCGGAGCCCCACCUCUGCGCCCGAAGCCUUUGUUCGAUGCGUCAAUUGGGUUCAUUAAUCGGUUAGCGUUUGCAGGGUACCAAGACAGUGGAGCUGACUUGGAGAAGCAGGACUUACCUCUAAAUGUAGACAGCUUUCAGAAGACUUCUCUUGAGCUCGGUAAUGGGGUACAGGAUGUGGUAGCUCCACUUCAACUCAGUUUGCAGACGUUAAGUUCCUUGGGUUCCUCGCACAUUUCGUUGAGUAGUCCGACCUCUUCUGGGGAGAAGCGCUACCGCCAUGAGCGAGUACCACUUGUUUCGCUGUGUACCGCGGGGAAAGCGGGCGACGACCCCGAACAUGGGGGUGCAGUGUAUUGUGGUGAAAUGUGGAGCUGUUCAAGUGAAGAGGAUGAGGGGGUUGGGGCAGCACCCACCACGACAUCAUCACCGGAAAGGCCUGACUCUCACGUGAAGGAAACCAUGGAACUGUGCAAAGCACAGUUAGAUCAGCUGAGGAGAACGUUGAAUGCAGCCGUUGAAGAAGCCGUAUCGGUGUAUAACAACGGGCUGCAGAUACUGCAGGCGUGCCUAAAGGACGCGGUUGGUGACGUUUUGCCAGGAAUUAGCAGUAUCGCUACCGAUGAAAUUCGUGUCGAAGUGUUAGCUUUUACUCAAACCCCGAGGCUGCGAGUGGAAUUACACCCCCAGGAGCAACUCUGUGCUCUGGCACCGGACGAUGCGAUGAAAGCUACUUCGUCAGAAACGGCCAUGAAAGAGGCGCCUAAUUCGCCUUGUCACAAUCAAAGUUGUACUGGACCUCCGUCCGUGGGGGAACGGGGCGCAUUAGAAGAGAUCAUUGCUGACGAUGCGCCUAUUUCCUUACCAGUGAGGGCAAGGGAACCCUCGUGUUCUUCUACCGUCGUUCCCAGCAACGCAGUCGGUUCAUUUCAUCCGCAGGUACCGAAUGCAUGUGGUGAAAGCAACGCCACGCGAAAGAGCCCCCAAAACGAGCGUAAUCAUAUGUUUCAAGAGAUCUCUUGCAACGAACCAGGCGCUGUGUUGGAAAACAAUGCCACUGUCGAGUGCGGGGAGGACAGUUGUCGAAGUGUGCGCGUGUCAACCCCCACUGUUGUUGCCGUACCGUCUAUUAGGAAUACCGAAGCAACUCCUACGAGUGGCCCAGGUGGUGUGCGCUGCCGAGAGGCGAUAUUAAUUUCGAGUGCGAGUAGGACGAGCGGUAGUUCCACUGCGCUCAAUCAUGUGGGUCAUGUAGGGGUGAGCACGACACCCGAUGGAAACGGCGACUGUAAUGUUGUUGAGGGAGCCGAAACUUCCGAGCCGUUUGAUACUUCUCCUUUAGGUGAGUUUGGUCUGCAUGCCAUUCCACGCCCUGCUGACGUCAGAACCGUGCUUUUUGACUCACCGCAAUGGCACAUUGUUACACGGCAGGGGAAUGAAGACUACUCGCAGAUCAUCGCUGGGAGUCAGGUUAUUUAUGUGGAUGAUGCCUCAUCUAGCGUAACUGCUGCGGUAGGGCCAAAAGAUACUACUAAACAGUUUGGCAAUGUUGUUGAUGCCCACUGGAACAUGAACAAGUGUGGUGUUGGCUCCCCGGAGGCGACUACGAUGGGCGGCACCUCGCUUCGACAGCGAAGCCUUUCCAUAGUGGAAGAUACCAUGCCCAUACAGGAAUUGCAUGAUGUUGAGCAGGAAACGGUGUGUCAACGACAAAACGGUUUGGACUCAUACUUACCCUUGUCGGAAUCGUCAAAUACAACAGGAGUCGUCGAGCGCUCUCUCGAGCCGUACGAAUCCACCACUGCUUUUGAAUUGUCCGUAAUGGAGAACGCGGGCCCCAGCAGUCAUUCCCAAGGAAUCUCCGGACGGGGAAGUGAUACGAAUGCGGUCGAGUUUCUUGACGGAGAGCACUGUGGCAACGCCAUGGCGCCAACCCGGUUUUUAACUGACAUACUUACCCCUACGACGUCCCCGCGACCGCCUGGUACAUGGAGUGCAGUGGAGACGCCAGAGAAGGAUAAUUCGACUCAGAUUAACAUGGUGGAAGGUUUGAUGGGAGAAGACAUCAAUGCAUUGGAUUAUGAUACCUUGAAGGAUUUGUGCGGCAAGCUGGGUCUUAAGGUCCCCGGUGACUAUACUUUUGGCGAUUGUGAUGAUGAGAGUCAGUUUAUUGGCAGCGCGUUCAGUCACCAAAAUGAUGAAAUUUGUGACUCCACAGGGCUGUCUGGUGAUAACGGCAAUAGUUGCCCUGCGCACGAUGCGGUUAAUGGGGCGUUUGCGGUGUGUGGUGGUGAUGCUGGAAAUGAGGAAACACUUCAGCAACCACCGCAUGGACAAAAGGGUUACACACCUCAACUGAGUGGGUUGUUGACGCGAGAUGAAAGUGAGAACUGUGGUAAGAGGUCAGCUGCCACACCUCCCUUCUCCAUGGAUGCAGAGGAUUCCGAGUGGUAUGAUGCGCAACGUACUGCGAAAGAAGGGCAAAUGCGGGAAGUGCUUCGACUGUUCAUUACGCGGCAUUUCUUCAUGCAAGAUGUGGCAGCGUUUUUCCUCCAUCGUUUGCCACGGUUCUCGGGUGGAUCUGCAUAUAAACGACUUCGGGUCAGCGAUUUCUUGAAAACGCGCUUUGUUUUAACCCAGGGGGAGCUUGAGGAGGAACGACGUGUUGCGAGAGUUAAGGAGUUGGAAGAGAUGAACUGCUGUGUUCUCUCUAGUCUUGCUGGUGACUCGGCCGAGCGUGUUGAAAGGCAAGCACUUAAUUUCUUGAGGAAUAAUACGGCGUCUCUCGGCGAUCAACAACUAGACUCAUCACUUAUAUUCGAUCCAAAUCGCUCAUCCAGCCAGGUGGACAACGCGGAUCAAGAUGAGCUUUCGCUUUAUGAAAAACUGCUUCUCAUGGAACCAACUGAUGUUCAUACUGUAACGGGACUUGUGCAAACGGACUUUCCACAUGUGACUCGACAUCGCGUGGAGACACUUAUGAGGGAAGCCGGUGUUCCUAUAAUCUGCUUGCAGCGUGUUCACAACACUCAGGGACCUGCUGACGGCGAUGUCGAUGUGACCCAGCGCCCAACUACACCCACUUCACCGACAGGGAGUUCACGUACUGAAGUAACCCAGCGCAAUCAAUUUCACAACCGGAAAAAAAAAUUCUUUGCCCAACGCACUUUGUUCACACGUGCGCGCGAUCGAUAG